CAAACUUCGUGCAGCGCGCCUGCGCCCUGCGGGGGACGAUGCUGCUAUAAAGGCUUGUUUUGCUCCGGCGCCGAUGCUGGCGAGCGUGCUGCUGGAGUGGGCCGCUCUCCUGUUUGGGAGCCGGAGCACAGAAUUUCUGAAGAACCUGUGAACCUUGGUGCCUCUACGUGGUGAAGAUGAAGGAUAUUGACAUAGGAAAGGAAUACAUCAUCCCCAGUCCGGGGUAUAGAAACGUCAGGGAGAGAAGCAGCACUUCUGGGCAGCACAGAGACCAUGAGGAAUCCAGAUUCCAGAGAAUUCCACCGGUGGAAUACCAAGAUGCCAUGGAAACGGCAGCCCGAGCGGAGGGCCUUUCCUUGGAUGUCUCUGUGCAUUCUCAGCUCCGCAUUCUGGGUGAGGAACGCCCCAAGCGAAAGUACCGCCAUGGCCUGAGCGCUCUGAAGCCCUUCCGGACCACUUCCAAACACCAGCACCCAGUGGACAAUGCUGGGCUCUUCUCCUGUAUGACUUUUUCGUGGCUGUCUCCUCUGGCCUAUGUGGUUCACAAGAAAGGGGAGCUCUUAAUGGAGGACGUGUGGUCUUUGUCCAAGUAUGAGUCUUCUGAUGUGAACUGCAGAAGACUAGAGAGACUGUGGCAGGAAGAACUGAAGGAAGCUGGUCCCGACACGGCCUCCCUGCGAAGGGUAGUGUGGAUCUUCUGCCGCACCAGGCUCAUCCUGUCCAUUCUGUGCCUGAUGAUCACGCAGUUGGCCGGCUUCAGUGGACCAGCCUUCGUGGUGAAACACCUCUUGGAGUACACCCAGGCGACAGAGUCUAACCUGCAGUACAGCUUGCUGUUAGUCCUGGGCCUCCUCCUAACAGAAGUUGUGCGCUCCUGGUCACUCGCACUGACUUGGGCAUUGAAUUACCGAACGGGUGUCCGCUUGCGGGGGGCUAUCCUCACCAUGGCAUUCAAGAAGAUCCUCAAGUUGAAGAACAUUAAAGAGAAGUCCCUGGGGGAGCUCAUCAAUAUUUGCUCCAAUGACGGCCAGAGGAUGUUUGAGGCGGCGGCCGUUGGCAGCUUGUUGGCUGGAGGACCUGUUGUUGCCAUCUUGGGCAUGAUUUAUAAUGUGAUCAUUCUGGGGCCAACGGGCUUCCUGGGAUCAGCUGUUUUUAUCCUCUUUUACCCAGCAAUGAUGUUCGUAUCACGGCUCACUGCGUAUUUCAGGAGAAAUUGUGUAGCCGCCACAGAUGACAGAGUCCAGAAGAUGAAUGAAGUUCUCACCUACAUUAAAUUUAUUAAGAUGUAUGCCUGGGUCAAAGCGUUUUCUCAGAGUGUUCAAAAAAUCCGAGAGGAGGAGCGUCGGAUAUUGGAAAAAGCUGGGUACUUUCAGAGCAUUACUGUUGGUGUGGCUCCCAUUGUGGUAGUGAUUGCCAGCGUGGUGACAUUCUCUGUUCACAUGACCCUGGGCUUUGAUCUGACAGCAGCACAGGCCUUCACAGUGGUGACUGUCUUCAAUUCUAUGACAUUUGCUUUGAAAGUAACACCAUUCUCAGUGAAGUCUCUCUCAGAAGCGUCAGUUGCUGUUGACAGAUUUAAGAGUUUGUUUCUAAUGGAGGAGGUUCACAUGAUAAAGAGCAAACCGACCAAUCCUCACAUCAAGAUAGAGAUGAAAAAUGCCACCUUGGCAUGGGACUCCUCCCACUCCAGUAUCCAGAACUCGCCCAAGCUGACCCCCAAAAUGAAAAAAGACAAGAGGGCUGCCAAGGGCAAGAAAGAGAAGGCGAGACAGCUGCAGCACGCUGAACAGCAGGCGGUGCUGGCUGAGCAGAAAGGCCACCUUCUCCUGGAUAGCGACGAGCGUCCCAGUCCUGACGAGGAAGAAGGCAAACCAAUCCACAUGGGUAGCCUGCGCCUGCAGAGGACCCUGUAUAGCAUUGACUUGGAGGUUGAGGAGGGUAAACUGGUUGGGAUCUGUGGCAGUGUGGGAAGUGGAAAAACCUCUCUCAUUUCAGCCAUUUUAGGCCAGAUGACACUUCUGGAGGGCAGCAUUGCAAUCAGUGGAACCUUCGCAUAUGUAGCCCAGCAGGCCUGGAUCCUCAAUGCCACUUUGAGAGACAAUAUCCUCUUUGGAAAAGAAUUUGAUGAAGAAAGAUACAACUCAGUGCUGAACAGCUGUUGCCUGAGGCCUGACCUGGCCAUUCUCCCCAACAGUGACCUGACUGAGAUUGGAGAGAGAGGAGCCAACCUGAGUGGUGGACAGCGCCAGAGGAUCAGUCUUGCCCGGGCCUUGUAUAGUGACAGGAGCAUCUACAUCCUUGAUGACCCGCUCAGUGCCUUAGAUGCCCAUGUGGGCAACCACAUCUUCAACAGUGCUAUCCGGAAGCACCUCAAGUCCAAGACAGUUCUGUUUGUUACACACCAGUUACAGUACCUCGUUGAUUGUGAUGAAGUGAUCUUCAUGAAAGAGGGUUGUAUCACGGAAAGAGGUACCCAUGAGGAACUGAUGAAUUUUAAUGGAGAUUAUGCUACCAUUUUUAAUAACCUGUUGCUGGGAGAGACACCCCCAGUGGAGAUUAAUUCAAAAAAGGAAACUAGUGGUUCACAGAAGAAAUCACAAGACAAGGGUCCUAAAACAGGAUCGGUCAAAAAGGAGAAAGCAGUGAAGCCGGAGGAAGGGCAGCUUGUGCAGCUGGAGGAGAAGGGACAGGGUUCUGUGCCCUGGUCAGUAUAUGGUGUUUACAUCCAGGCUGCAGGGGGACCCUUGGCAUUCUUGGUCAUCAUGGUCCUUUUCAUGCUGAAUGUGGGCAGCACUGCCUUUAGCACCUGGUGGUUGAGCUACUGGAUCAAGCAAGGAAGUGGGAAUACCACGGUGACUCGAGGGAACAGGAGCUCUGUGAGUGAUAACAUGAAAGACAAUCCCUUCAUGCAGUACUACGCCAGCAUCUACGCCCUCUCCAUGGCAGUCAUGCUGAUCCUCAAAGCUGUUCGUGGAGUUGUCUUUGUCAAGGGCACACUGAGAGCCUCCUCCCGGCUCCAUGAUGAGCUUUUCCGGAGGAUCCUUCGGAGCCCUAUGAAGUUUUUUGACACUACCCCCACAGGAAGGAUCCUCAACCGGUUUUCCAAAGACAUGGAUGAAGUUGACGUGCGCCUGCCAUUCCAGGCUGAGAUGUUUAUCCAGAAUGUUAUCCUGGUGUUCUUCUGUGUUGGAAUGAUCGCAGGAGUUUUCCCCUGGUUCCUUUUGGCUGUGGGGCCCCUCAUCAUCCUCUUUUCAGUUCUACACAUCGUCUCCAGGGUCCUGAUUCGCGAGCUGAAGCGCCUGGACAAUAUCACGCAGUCACCGUUCCUCUCCCACAUCACGUCUAGCAUUCAGGGCCUUGCCACCAUCCACGCCUAUAAUAAAGGGCAGGAGUUUCUGCACAGGUACCAGGAGCUACUGGAUGACAACCAAGCUCCUUUCUUCCUGUUCACAUGUGCAAUGAGGUGGCUGGCUGUGCGGUUAGACCUCAUCAGCAUUGCUCUGAUCACCACCACCGGGCUGAUGAUUGUUCUCAUGCACGGACAGAUUUCCCCUGCCUAUGCGGGGCUGGCCAUCUCUUACGCUGUCCAGUUAACGGGAUUGUUCCAGUUUACAGUCAGACUGGCAUCUGAGACGGAAGCACGGUUCACUUCAGUGGAGAGAAUCAACCACUACAUUAAGACUCUCUCCUUGGAAGCACCUGCCCGAAUCAAGAACAAGGCUCCUCCCCCUGACUGGCCCCAGGAAGGAGAGGUAAUCUUUGAGAAUGCAGAGAUGAGGUACCGGGAAAAUCUCCCUCUGGUCCUUAAGAAAGUGUCCUUCACCAUCAAACCCAAGGAGAAGAUUGGCAUCGUGGGGCGAACAGGGUCUGGGAAGUCGUCUCUGGGGAUGGCCCUCUUUCGCCUGGUGGAGUUAUCUGGAGGCUGCAUUAAGAUUGAUGGGGUGAGGAUUAGUGACAUUGGCCUUGCUGACCUCCGAAGCAAACUGUCCAUCAUACCUCAAGAGCCAGUGCUAUUCAGUGGCACUGUCAGAUCAAAUCUGGACCCCUUCAAUCAGUACACUGAGGACCAGAUCUGGGAUGCCCUAGAAAGGACGCACAUGAAAGAAUGUAUUGCUCAGCUACCUCUGAAACUUGAGUCUGAAGUGAUGGAGAAUGGAGACAACUUCUCCGUGGGGGAACGGCAACUUUUGUGCAUAGCAAGGGCCUUGUUACGCCACUGUAAGAUUCUGAUUUUAGACGAAGCCACAGCUGCCAUGGACACAGAGACAGACUUGCUGAUUCAAGAGACCAUCCGGGAAGCCUUUGCGGACUGCACCAUGCUGACGAUUGCCCAUCGCCUGCAUACGGUUUUAGGCUCUGAUAGGAUUAUGGUGCUGGCCCAGGGACAGGUGGUGGAGUUUGACACCCCAUCAGUCCUCCUGUCUAAUGACAGUUCCCGGUUCUAUGCCAUGUUUGCUGCUGCAGAGAACAAGGUGGCUGUCAAGGGCUAACUCCCCUCAUCAGUGAAGUCUCUUCCUUGGAGCAUCAUCAUCCUCUGCCCAGGGUGGGCCUCUCAUCCUGCCCUGCCAAAAACCUUGCCUUUCCUGAUUUUAUCUUCACACAGCAGUUCAGGAUUAGCUCGUGUGUUUCACUUUUAGGGAGAGUCUUAUUUUGAUUACUGUAUUUAUUCCCCAUUCAUGUAAAUUAUAUUUAGUUUUUUUCUUUUGUUAUUAAUUGCACUCUUAAGAGGUUCAGGGAACCAUUAGUAUAAAUGUAUCAGAGGCCUAUAAUGAAGCUUUAUACAUGUAGCUAUGUCCAUAUAUCACUCUGUACAUAGCCUAUAUUUACAGUGGAAAUGUAAGCUGUUUAUUUUAUAUUAAAAGAAGCGCUGUGCUCAGGGCAGUGCUUCCUCCUCUUUAUCAUUUUUUUGUACAGUUUGCUGUGCUAGAGAUACAGUUUUGCUAUUAGACUGUAGGGAGGGUAGCGUUUUAUUCUCUAGCUGGUCGCUUCACGGUGCUGGGUUUUCUAGGUGUCCAAAGGAAGAUGUGGCAAUAGUGGCCUUCUGUGAUCCCUUCUACUGCGUCCCCAAGCCUGGUGAGCAAGUGGGACGGGGCUGCAGGCGGCCUUGCAGAGCGCCGUGAAUUCUCAGGGCUCCUGCUUUUUGUCCUUAUGUCACUUACUGUUUCUGUCAGAGCAGUGGGGCGAAGCCCAGCCCCCCUCCCCUCCCUCUGUCGGGAAUGAGGAUCCCGGGAGCAUUCGCUGCUCAGAAAGGGAUCUCUCCUGCCGCCUUCUCUGUCGUUUCUAAACAAGAACAGGUCUGUUCACAGAGUGUCCCGCUGCCUCAGGUUCCUAACGCUGGCCACUGCACAGAGCUCUGUAGCUCCUAAGGCCAGUUGGUUCCCAGCCCUGGGGCCGACUGCUGCUGUUUUAGGUGGCAUUUUCAUUUGCCUGUUCCCACACCUCCACGGUUCCGUGGAGAGUUCAGGAUGGUGGGGGUCUGUUCUCCCUGCCCACUGCCCCCGUCGCACAGUCCCCUCUCCAAAGUCUGCAACUUUCAGCAGCUCUUGCUAAUCAGUGUCUCACACUGGUGCAGAAGUUUUUUGUACUGUAAAGAGACCUACCUCAGGUUGCUGAUUGCCAUGUGGUUUGGUAUCUCCUGCUUUGUGCUCUGGGGCCAGUAGCUCAGGUGGGUGUAGUCGCUGCUGUCAUCAGUUGAAUGGUCAGCAUUGCAUGUCGUGACAAACUAGACAUUCUGUCGCCUUAGCAUGUUUGCUGAACACCUUGUGGAAGCAAAAUUCUGAAAAAGUGAAUAAAAUUAUUUUGGAUUUGUAAAA